AUGGAGGACGCCGCCUCGGACGCCGGGCCCACGGCCCAACAACAGCGAUACGACGACCGUCCUAACGCCGCCGCAAUCGAGAUAUGCCGGAUAUGUCGUGGCGAAGGCACAGAGGAAGAGCCGCUCUUCCACCCGUGCAAAUGCAGCGGCAGCAUCAAGCACGUCCACCAGGACUGCCUGAUGGAGUGGCUCUCGCACUCGCAGAAGAAGUACUGCGAGCUGUGCAAAACGCCCUUCCGGUUCACCAAGCUGUACGCCCCCGACAUGCCGCAGUCGCUGCCCGUACACGUCUUUGCCAAGCACAUGGCCAGUCAUCUGCUCAGCAACCUGCUGGUGUGGCUGCGGGCAGCCGUCGCCAUCAGCGUUUGGGUGUUUUGGCUUCCCUACUUUAUGAGGGCUGUCUGGUCUUUCAUGUUCUGGAUCAGUGACGAAGGCUUGGGUGGCUCCAUCAUAUCGCGGAUCAACGAGACCAACAAUACCAUGUCGGCAAUUCCCCCCUCCCUCUUGGCCAUUGGAACAUGUCCUGCCAGCCCCCUGUUAGCGACCACCACCACCUCUGCGGCCGAGGUCGAAGCCGUGGUAGGUCAGCUGGAGGGCAAAGAUGUCUCCGAUUACUUUGUGCGAUUUCUACUCAACUCAUUCACCUCUCCAUUGCUGGCCUCUGACGGCGAGCUGGGAUACGCAGCAAAUGCAUCUGCAGCAUUGAACAACGCCAGUCAAGUCGCCACUGCAACGACCCUCCUCAGCAACGUUGGGUUUCUUGGUAACCUUACUCGAAAUGCAAGCCUAAAUCGAGCCAUCGUAUCCGUAUUGGAAGGGCAAAUUAUCACGAUUCUGGUAAUAAUCUCUUUCAUUCUCAUCAUCUUGGUCAGAGACUAUGUUGUCCAGCAACAGCCAGAAAUCAACAUGCGGGCUGCCUUUGCUGCCCCUGAAAAUGACUUUCAGGUUCCUGAACCAGGCGAGAUUAUUCAGCAAGAGAACUUGCCACCAGCAAAUCCGCAUCCAACAGACUCGGACGAUGAAACUUUGGAAGACAGCGAUCAAGUUGGUGAUCAGGACUGGCAACGGGUGCCGCCAGGACGACUCGCGCCAGCUGGCGAGGAAGCAUUGACUCCAGACUCUUCGAACCACUCGACGCCCGAUCACGAUUCUUUUCCGACUUCCAGCACGAACACCUCCUUACAGAACGAUCAACUACACUCUCAUGCACACGAAGAUGCCAAUGAAGACGAUGUUGCAGAGGAACCCAGCGGUCUCGCUGAUUAUCAGCGGAUUUAUGGCCGCGCUAACGGCGACCUCCAAGACGUAGUGCGAAUCGUCGAAGAAGAAGGUCUGCAAGAAAAACUUAAAUACUGGGUUGAGUCUACUCGGCGAUCUGCUUCUACUACCGAAAAUACGACUUAUGAGCAUGCCACGGACGAGGCAGACCAAGAGCAUCCCGAACAUGAGAUUGACUCGGAUCACGACACCCUUCAGUCCUCCUCUAACUGGAAAGGAAAAGCGCCAUGGUCUCCUACGCAGGCAGAUGCCGACACCUCAGGGCCUUCAGAUGCACCUGAGGAUGAUCUCUUUGGCGUUGCCUCAAGACCACGCUCAAAGUCAGAGGGCCUUCAAGGACAGUUCUCGGUUAACCCCCUGGCGAAUAAUUCAUGGUCUUUUGAUGCACUUCCCGUAGAUGACAAGCCCGAUGAACUCUUCCAGUCCCUCCCUGCUAUUCAAGAACAAUUUGCGCAAGACUUCAAUGGUGACGAGCCCUCGGGAGGGUCCUCAAGACAGUCCAGAGACUCCGGUGACGAGGACGACAGCCAUUUGAAUCGAGACGCCUAUAGGCGCCUCCCAGAUAUAGAAAUUUACCAACGCCACCCUCCAAGAGAACUCCAGCAACCCCUCCCGGAUCUGAAUGAGAGAGAGCAGCGCUUGGAUGAUGGAAUCGACCCACAGCCGCCUCAUGCCAACGGCGCUGCCGAGGAAAUAGCCGUCAAUGGCGGUGAUGUUCCAGCGGCUGGCUUCGCUGACAAAGUUGCCGACUUCAUGUGGGGCAACAUGGACGACUUGGAUCCUCCAGCCGGUCCCCGCGCUCUUAUAGUUGCCGCUCAUCGAGCAGCUUUGGACGACAUGGCUGCCGAGGAAGCGGUCGAGCGAGCUGCUGGGCAAGAGGCUGCCGCUGGCAACAACAACCGGGAGGAUCUUUGGGUCGACGUUCCUGCGGAGCCCAACGGCGACGAUGGCGAAGGCAUCGCUGCGGACGACAACGCCGCACCCUUGGACCCUGAAGCAAUUGAGGACAUGGAAGACUUUGAAGGAGUCAUGGAGUUGAUUGGCAUGCGCGGACCUAUUGCAGGUCUAUUCCAGAAUGCCAUCUUCUGCGCCGUCCUCGUGUCUGUCACCAUCUUUGCUUGCAUCUUUAUCCCUUACAACAUUGGCCGCGUCUCUGUCUGGCUCCUUGCAAGUCCCAUGCGGGUCGUGCGCCUGCUGUUCGAGCUCUCGAAAUUGCUGCAGGACGCUACGUUCCUUGUUGGUGGCUUGGGUUCCUGGUGCGCGCUGAACUUUGUCGACAUCUUCGCGGCCGUCAUGGGUGGCUCCGUCAAGGCCCAUAUCGUUUCAGCCAGGAAAAUGUCCUGGGCGUUAUGGACUGGUGCUGGCAGCAGAAUCUGCACAUUCCUUUUCAAAGACUUCUUCCCUAUGUCAGCAACGGAAAUCCACAACUUCUCCGCAGUCAGCCACGAUGCGCUCAACAUUGUCAAGGGCAAUGUUGUGUCCGUAUUCUCCAACAUCAGCGGGAGUCUAACUACAGUGAACUCGGUUGGCUUUGACAAGAUGAUGGCUACUACAGUGACUCUGCUCAGCUCUACCUUUGAGACGGCCGUCAAAGUCUCGUCUCUCCUUACAAAACCCAGUUCAUGGGUCAUUGACCUGAGCCUGGCAGAAGAAUGGCCUUCGCUGGAUCCGCAGUUGACAUAUUGGUCUAGUCUUGACAGGUUCUGGGCCAUCCUGGCUGGCUAUACCACCAUGUUCUUGAUCGGUGCUCUGUAUCUGAAGAAGGGCAGCCCAUUCUCGAGAAACGCAAUAGUGCAUGCGUGGGAAACCGGAGUUAUUGAAUCCCUCCAGCAGGCCAGCGGAAUCAUGAAGGUGAUCCUCAUCAUCAGUAUCGAGAUGCUCGUUUUCCCUCUUUACUGCGGUCUACUUCUCGAUGCGGCCUUGCUGCCACUCUUUGAGAACACUACGUUUACGAGCAGAAUCAUCUUCACUUGCAGAUAUCCAAUGACGUCGAUUUUUGUACACUGGUUCGUGGGUACUGGCUACAUGUUUCACUUUGCUCUUUUCGUUUCCAUGUGUCGAAAGAUAAUGCGGCCAGGCGUAUUGUACUUCAUUAGAGAUCCCGAUGACCCCGAGUUCCACCCAGUGCGUGACGUACUUGAGCGAAAUCUCACAACGCAACUUCGAAAAAUCCUCUUCUCUGCUUUCGUAUAUGGAGCCCUGGUCAUCGUGUGUCUCGGUGGCAUCGUGUGGGGCCUGGCAUUCGCCAUGCCGAGCGCACUUCCAAUCCACUACUCCUCUAACGAGCCGGUACUAGAAUUUCCAGUUGACCUGCUCUUCUACAACUUCCUCAUGCCACUUGCGGUCAAGUUCUUCAAGCCCAGCGAUGCGCUGCAUACCAUGUACACGUGGUGGUUCCGCAGAUGUGCCCGGGCUCUAAGGCUCACAUACUUUCUCUUUGGCGAGAGGAGGGUCGACGAAGAGGGCGUUUUGCAUCUCCCAGCCGAAACACCAGCAGGCAGGAUACCCCAUAUGGGAUACCUGCUCGAGCUUUCGCACGCUGAGAAUGCACCAGCUGAGAAUGCGAAGAUUGUUCCAAAGACCUGGCGCGAUACCUUUGAGGGCGGAGACUCGAAACCCACUACACGCAUGAGUUCCAGCGAACGGAAAGCUCAUCGGCAUAAGAAGGCUCAUCUCGUCGACUCCCACCAGCUUGACAAAGACGGCAAAUUUAUUCGAGCCCCCGCGUCUGAUCGCAUCAAGAUCCCCAAGGGUCAACAAGUGUUUUUAACCGUGAGCGAGCGCAACCACCGAAAAGAUGGCCGUGCCGACGACGACAUAUAUUCUUCAGAUCAGUAUCUGCAGGUCUAUAUACCUCCAAAUUUCCGCACAAGGAUUUUCACAUUCAUUCUUUUAAUCUGGCUGUUCGCCUCGGUCACUGGCGUUGGGUUCACCAUCAUACCCUUGGUGCUUGGCAGAAAAAUAUUCAAGGAGCUGAUACCAGACUACAUCAGAACGAACGACAUCUACGCCUUCAGCAUCGGAGUCUUUUUGCUCGGCUCUGCUGCGUACGCCAUUGCCCGCCAGCAUGCCAUACGGGAAAAGAUUAGAAAGUGGAUUCGUGAGGCAGAGCGCGAUAUACUCGAGGGCGAGGUUGCUGGACGCAUGACGCGCAUCGCUAUCCACACGGCCAAGCUCUUUUACGCAUAUACUGUUCUGCUCGUGGUGUUCCCCCUGCUUACCUCUGCGCUGAUGGAGCUGUACGUGGCCAUCCCGCUGCAUACAUAUAUGUAUCCCCCAACGGCAGUUUCCUUGAAGGACGAGGGAGCCAACCGCCACACAGUUCGGGUUAUCCAGUCAUGGGUUUUGGGACUGCUCUACCUGAAGCUGGGCAGCCGGAUGAUUACAUCGCUAUUCCCAGAUAGCCGGGCCUCAGCGGCAGUCCGCAACAUUAUCCGCCGUAGAUGGUGGCUACGGCCCAAUGUGCGCCUCCUCACUCGAGGAUUUGUCAUCCCAGGCCUCCUGAUAUCCGGUGUGGCCAUCUGCGGACCGCCAAUGGUGGCAGGAUUUAUCAUCCGGCACACUGGUCUUGCUGGAGGUUCUGCUCCAGAAGACGCGGCCGCUGCUGUGACGGCGACGGUGAUUUACAGACAGUCGUAUCCUAUCGCGGCGUGUGCCGCCAUACUCGCCAAGCAUGCCGUGGGAUUUGUUAAAGUCACAAACAGGUGGACGGCGAGCGUUCGGGAUGAGGCGUAUCUGAUUGGAGAGCGACUGCAUAACUUUGGAUCCAGAACAUCGAGCAGUCAAAAGACGAAGGUUAGGGCUCGACGGGUAAAUGCUUAG